UCAGAUGCUGCAGUGCCCAUCUCUUAAUUUGCCAACUUCUCCAAACAGGACACAAACUUGGCCCGUCCAAGGAAUUUUACCCUAUACAUUUUGUCAUUUUAUGCUUAAAUUUUACCCGACACUAUAGACAUUCGAGUUUAUUUUACUACGCAAGGUUACAGCGGUUGUUUUAUUGGUUGUUUUCACUGAGAGGUUAAAUAGAGGUAGCCUCUCGCGCGCCUGGUUUUCUCCCACAGAAACUUACCUGCACCAACUAGAAAGUCCAGUUUCUCAAGCAAGUCCUACACAACGCCAGAGAGUCCUGGAGGCAACAUGGACCUGGACAGUAAAAGGCUGGUGGUGGUGGUACCAAAUGAAGCGCUGAUGCCCUCUCGCAGAGUGUUCAGCAGCGAGGAUGAGGCGUGGAGGAGCUACCUGGAGAACCCACUGACGGCUGCCACUAAGGCCAUGAUGAGCAUAAAUGGAGAUGAAGACAGUGCAGCAGCACUGGGACUGCUGUACGACUACUACAAGGUUCCUAGGGAGAGGAGACGCUCCUCCAGCGGUGUUAAACCCAUAGACCCCUCUGCUGCUGGGCCUGAAAACUGCGGGAGCCUGGAGAUACUAGAUCACCAUCUUCAGGCUCUCAGAUCUAUGCCUGUAAACCUCUCCCUAAACAACAGCACCACCACAGAACAUCAGGGCUCCAAGUAUGGAGCUUCAUGUCUCACAGGGAACACCAGAGGAGGAGACGGGAAAGGUGGAGGUGGAGCGGCUCUGGCUCUGGUCAAGACAGAGGGACAGACGUCCAUGGGAGUGUCCUGUUCUCGAGGUUCCUACCGAGGGGAACCCAGAGAUCAGAUAAGAAUGCUUUACGAGCAGAGCUACUAUGAUUUGUCCCGUGCUGGGUACCUGAAAGAAGAACGGAGAAGCACCCCCGACAGCACAUAUGAGGACGCUGCAGAAGAGGAGAUGUACCACAGACGUCCCUCUGCAGAAGUGGAUGAAUUCCAUUGCAGCCUGCCAUGUGACAGCUUCCAGUACUGUCUGGAGGCCAACAUGUCGUUGCGGCCGCGGCAGGGAGAAGGACCAAUGGCUUACCUGAACAGGGGCCAGUUCUACGCUCUGACGCUGUCAAAGGCCGACUUCAAUUCGUCCUUACAUCAGCCCAGAGACAAAGUGCGGGUGAGUGGGUCGACGCCAUCACACGGGCCUGAAGGGGGUCCGUCCAGUAAUGAGCAAUGCACCAUGAGAGGCUCUGAGCUGCAACGGGACAGUAUUGUGCAGAGUGUUAUCAUGGUUGUCUUUGGAGAAGACAAGUGCCGAGACGAGCAGCUGAAGAAUUGGAAAUACUGGCACUCCCGCCAGCACACUGCUAAACAAAGAGUCCUGGACAUCGCCGACUACAAGGAGAGUUUCAGCACGAUCGGAAACGUGGAGGAAAUCGCCUACAACGCUGUCACUUUCACAUGGGAUGUCAGCGAAGCUGCUAAGGUCUUUAUCUCGGUUAACUGUCUGAGCACAGACUUCUCCUCACAAAAGGGCGUGAAGGGGAUGCCUCUGAUAAUCCAGAUCGACACCUACAGCUACAACAACUGCAGCAGCAGGCCGAUCCACAGGGCCUUCGCUCAGAUCAAGGUCUUCUGUGACAAGGGCGCUGAGAGGAAGCUUCGUGAUGAGGAGAAGAAGCAGCUCAGGAGGAGGAUGAAAGGGAAAAAUGGCAGCUCAGGGCCGACCUCUCCUCCCUUUAAGAGGUCUGAUAACACGCUGUUCAAAACCAUGGUAGACCUGGACUCCCAGCCGGUUCUCUUCAUUCCUGACGCCCACUUUGGAAACCUGCAGAGAGCUGGACAGGUGUUUGCUUUCAACACUGAACAGGUUGACAGAGAUGGAAGUGUCCUGGUGAAAAUGAUGUCAUGUGUCACUGAGGAAGACGUCUGUCCACCUCAGCCCAAGAAGUCCAAGGUGGAACAGGAAAGGAAAGUUCUGCUAUAUGUGAGGAAGGAGUGUGAUGAAGUGUUUGAUGCCUUGAUGCUGCGCACCCCAACCCUGAAAGCACUGAUGGAGGCAAUCUCAGAGAAAUAUGCAGUGCCUGUUGACAAGAUGACCAAAGUUUACCAAAAAAGCAAAAAAGGGGUCCUGGUGAACAUGGAUGACAACAUCGUCCAGCACUACUCCAACGAGGACACUUUCAUCAUGGCUAUGGAGAGGUCAGCAGACUCCUUAUGUGUCACACUGUCAGAAAUCUGAUGACUGUUAGCCACAGCACUACGUACACGUUCCUCACAUUGUCAGAGAGUGAUGAUCGAGGCUGGGUGACAUGUUAGCCACGCCUUGUGUAGCAUAUGUGAACACUGUUAGCAGUAUUAGAUGAUGGCGCCAAAUUGUGUUCCUCGAAGAAAGCCACCCAAGGAAUCUUAAUAGGGUUUGUUGUCUUACGCGGAUCAUUGGGAAACUCCAUCCAGCAGUACAUGUUUGCUGCACAAGGGGCUCUAGGAGGAUUUCUUGCACCAUGAACACUAAUUUAAAACUCAUAAAAGUGCUCAGAUUUGUGGCUUAGGGCGGGGGGAUGUUUGAUAUUUCUUGCGCAAGUCUCGACCAGUUGAUUUGAAUAAACUUCUUGAUACUUCGGAGCACCAGAAGAGAGGUCUCUACCUAUAUCACCACAGAGCUUCCAGACAGCUUGCUGUGGUUUCAGAGGAAGAAGACUACACAGUGUACAAUAGUCUUAUUGGAUUAUCAGUAGGGACUGCUGUUUGCUUCCUCUGCACUUCCUGCCAUCCUUCCCCUUACCUCCUCUGGUGGUGGAAGCUUAUAAUGACUUGAUCAGAUGUGUGAAAGGCUCUGUGUAACAUCUUUUGCUGGCACUAAACAGUUCAAGAUAAUGGCUUAUUGUUUAGUAUGUAUAUAAUUAUUUUUAGAUGCAUCUCAUGUAGUUUUUUAUGCCAUGUUUCUAAGUCAAAGUGAACUCUAAUUUGUCUUUUUUUUUAAAUUGAUUGGUGAUAUUUUUACUGCAUACUUAAUGUUUCCAAUCGGUGCUAGUGAAUAACAGUUGUGAUUUCAAGUUGCAAUUCCAUGCUGGUGUCUAAGGGUCUGUAAUUGCAUGAUGCACCAUUACAGAACAGGACACUAAGUCUCCAGGAUGCUGUUAAACUGUUUUGUGUCCUCUGUGCAUUGUGUUUAUUGCUUUUGCUCUCACUGGAGAGACUGUGGUCAUUAGUAUUUAUGACGUUAGUUCGGUCUUAUGAAGCCAAACUACUCCAUCCAUUUACACAGUCCUGCUCUGAGGCUGCUGCAGACCAUCAGAGCUGAGCAGUCUAAUUGCUUUGUUCCUACUCACCGCCUGUGUUUACACUUGAUUCACUGACAACUUCAGCAUCCUUCAUUUGCUUUAUACACCGUGAUGUUCAGUCUUUUCAAUGAGUCAAUAAAUAUAGUUUUAUAUGCA